AAGCGUUCAUUUCUCAAACAGCAAAGGUAACAAAUUUGGGCGGGUCUAGCAGGUUCUGAAAAAACACCCGUGAAAUGGUACCUUAUCAGGCCCUUAAACUUAAGUCAGAAAGUUAUCUUUAAAGUUAUUUUCUCUUAGUUUUUGCCAAGGAUUUUGUAAAUUUUCGUCUGACUUGAAACAAAUCUGAGUUGUUUAUCUGUGAAUGUGAAUGGCCGAAAAGUCCCGUUUGGGAAAUCCUUACAUAAUGUGUUAACAAAAGCGAAUGAAUUUCUUGCUUGAUAGGUAAAGUAAAACGUAUUACAUAAUUGUACAAAAAAAAGGAUGAAAAAAGCAUAUCGGUUCAUUGAAACGUACCCGUCCAUACUUAUAUAAAAAGCUAACCGAAAUCUUCAUACGUUACCGAAAAGCUCCGAAAUCUCGACGAAUUUGGACAAAUCAGAAGUACAUCUCAUACAGUCAAGAUGAAGAAUUCUUUGAUUUUGCUUCUUAUAGUGAGUUGCUUGGUUGUGUUUGUUCAUUGUAAGAGUAAGCACCAAGCUAAUUCUAACCGCAACCUAAAGAAAGCCGAAAAGGUYUUUUAUUCUGACAAGAAAAACGAGAAAAAGGAAGACAARCAACAAGCAUCUGGAAGCUUCGAUGGACUGAGUGGGACUGGMACUAACGUCGCCGGUGAGCAAGAUAACAACGAUGAGGAUGAAAUCGCUUCUGGAAGUGGCGAAGAUCUUAAUAAACGUAAACAAGUUCAACCCGAGGAACAGCUGGAUUCUGGAUGUAAAUGCGAAGGCCUUACAUGUGAAUGUUGYGGAGAAGCUCCUGUUAUUGGAGAAGUGUGCGUGGACGCAAGAGCGAUGAAGAAAGGAAAAGAUAAUGUCCUGAAGGCUGCAAUAGUUCGUAACGGAAAAGACGUCAAGAGCAUCGAGAAAAAAUUGAAAGACCCCACAGAAUUCUGUCUUAAACUAGGAAAGGCUAAAGGUUGUGUUAUUCUCCACGAUAUUUCGCUUGAUGACAAUAAGUUCAAAGGCUGCGUCACCGUUACUGCCAAAGCUAAAAUCUUCGGUAAAGAAUUCGAUAAGAAAUUCAAACUCGGCUGCUUUGGACAAGAUGUCAAAGAUUUGGCUCCCCAACAAGAUGAAGAUGUUCCAAUCCGUUUAAGACAUGGAAAAUGGCUUAAAAGAAAGCAAAAUAUCCCAGCAAAGCAAUAAAGACAAACAUAACACAGGCAUCCUAGCUAUAAAUGUCUUACAUGUAAAAAAACCCCAGACAAAUAAACAAAGCUUAGAAUGAAAAA